AUUCAAUAUGUCUCAACAUAAAAAACUUAUUUCCAUCAAUCACUCCAAAUACUGCUCAAUUAAAUCUAGGAUCCAUCAGAGACAAGCAAGGAACUCUAUGGAUCAGGUGAGAGAGCGAAGAAAUCCUUUCAAAAAUUUAGUUAUUAACAACGGGAAUGAGUUGAUGAACUCUGAAACAAUAAAAUAUUAUAUCAAAUAAUUCUUUUGAUAGCAAAACCAGCUACCUCCGUCUUCAGAUAGCAAAUCUUGUUGCUAAGCAAAAAGAGAUGAAUAUUUUCAAAGAGAAAUAUUUAAAAUAAGACGAAGGACAGUAUUAAUAAUGAGUUUACAAAGAAUCAUCAGAAUAAAGAAGCAAGUAUUCAGAAUCAUAUUGAAAGGUUAAGAAAAGUAUUAGAGAAACAUACCAAGAAUCCUUUUAACCCAAGGAAAGAUCUAAGCAUCGCUCCCGAAACUAAGCACUACUUCCAUCCAAGAUUCAAGCUAGAGGACCUAGGUCCAAGUUAUUCAUCUCUGAGUUUGGAUAACAAAGUCAAACUGAUUGAUACAUUUCUGCAUGAGACAUAUGAACCAGUAAAAACCCAGUUUAGCGAGAAGAUUUCUGAUUAUUCAGACAAUAAAAGCUUCCAUCAAUUAAAUAGCUCAGAGACACUUUCAGGAAACGGAACUAUGUCAGGAGAAUUCACUCUUUCAACACAGUUGCCUGCUAGAAACUCUUCAACAAGUUUUAGAAGAGGUAGGAAGGAGAGAAUAACUCUUUUGCCAAAGGGAAAUAUUAAGAAAAAUCAGACUUAUUUAGAAAGAAAAAUAAAGCAAAACAAUAUCAUAAGAAGUGGAUCAUUAAAUGCGAUUAAGAUGAAAGGAGGAGCCAUGUUUAAGAGAAAGAGCAAAGUAAGACUCACAGAUAUUGAUCAUUUUCGAAUAAUAGACAAGAUAAAGCAGUUCAGACAAAAGAAAGGAUUUUAA